UCGAAAUGGACACGGAUGAGAAGAUGGCCAGUUCCUCGAUGCCGGGAAUGUCCCACGAUGAGGUUGAUUUUACCAGCGGCUAUGAGACCCAAUACCGGAAGGAGUACAGUCCCCUGAAGCCCAUCUUUGUCCCGCCGCCGGAGAGGAAACAUGCCUGGUUCCGGAAUUGGUCCACCAUUCUAAUGGUCUUCUUCCUGAGCUUCGUCUUCAUCCUGGGCACCGUGAUGCUGGUGGUUCAGGUCUUUACGGCGAGUCCCCUGCAGAUAUUCAUGAUCGUGGCCAUAUAUCUGGCCAUAGCCGCCGUCAUCAUCUGGCUGGAGGUGCAGUCUGUGAAAGUGCGCUAAGACGAAAUACCUCUUAUAUACUAUAUAUAUCUAGUAUAUAUAGGAAUAGUGACUAAUUCGCCUGGCGUUAUCGUCGUAUAAAUAAUUUCGUGCUUGCAAUCGACCUUAAUUGUGCAAACAAAUUGGAAGCUUAACUAAAUGAGAACGACUUAUGAUUAGAAGCGCUAAGAACCAAACAAAACCCUCGAUUUAACAUAAGCUCAAACCAAAUAAAAUAAAGAAAAUGUGUUAAAAAAUAUAAAAAUAUGCUUGUGACUAGACAGUGCUUAGUUUAUAACAUUCCCAGAUAACUGCUACUGGCUUUCACACCGUAAUCAACUAAUUAUUUACUGCCCAUAAAUGAACGUAAUCUGGAGAGCAAAAACCGUGUGCAGAUAAAGGGCUUUGUGCCAUUGAAGUGGACAGAUAAGCAAACACAAUUUAAUUGAACAACAACAAUGAAUUGUUGGCAACAGUUUGUUGCAUUUAAUCGUAAAUAAACACACACAACAGAGUGCAGAGAGACAAACAUUCUAUUUAAGUGACAAAUUAAUUAAUUACAAAUGCAACAAAAGGGUGUUACAAAGGACAAUAAAAACAAUAAAUGUUAAGUCCAUUAUCUAAUUAGAUAUUGGAGUGGAAAUUUAA